AUGACCAGCUCCACCAGCUCCCACGACGACGUGGUGCACACGGGCGGGUGCCACUGCCGCCGCGUGCGCUGGCACGUCGAGGCCCCCGCGAGCGUUGUCGCGUGGGUCUGCAACUGCUCCGACUGCUCCAUGCGUGGGAACAUGCACUUCGUCGUCCUCGCCGCCAAGUUCGGGCUGCGGGCCAGCGCCGACGAGUCCAUCACCACCUACACCAUCGGCACGCACACGGCCAGGCACACCUUCUGCAAGGUCUGCGGCAUCACCUCCUUCUACACCCCGAGGUCCAACCUGGACGGCGUGGCCGUCACCGUCGCCUGCGUGGAUCCGGGUACGCUGGGCCACGUCGAGUACCAGAAGGCCGACGGGAGGAACUGGGAGGAGUGGUUCGAGCGCAGCGGCAUCGCUGGCUUCUCCGAGGGAAAGGCGGAUGCAACGGCAGAGUAGUAGCUGUUUUUCUCUAGUACAGAAAGUAUAUCUCUCUCUUUGCUUCAAAUAUUUUACCUACCUGCUAUCGCCUAUCGGUUAUGAAAAACACUUUCCUAUGUCGUCUUCUCUCUUCUCCAACGCACCGAGCGAAUAAAUUUUUCCAGCCGUGUAGAGUAUCUAAAAAAUGAGGAU